AUGAAAAAGUUCGUUAUCUUUUCAGAUGCAGUACAUUCAGUUCGAGAUGAUCAAGGCUUCAUGGAACAUUCCUGUUCCUUGAUACGGUUCAAUGAAAGAGUGAGAGGAAGUCCUCCCGUUUAUCAUUUAUGUUUCGUGAUCAAGACAUCUUUGGCUAAUGCCUGUAGAUAUCCCAAGUUCGUUACCUUGAUUCAAGAAGUAGUUGAUCACACUACUCAACUGAUAUAUGCUGGAUCCAUUUUUGCUAAUUACUAUUUCUUGGAACUUCUCGAAAAUGGUGAAGAGCUACCUAUGGUUACUCAAAAUCUGUUUUAUAACAUAUUUUCCAUCUUUGCUGGCCAAGGAAAGCAUGCCUCUGAUAGUAUCAAGAAGAGUUUCAAGACCUUUCGUGAAUCUACUUUUCUUAUUCAAUGUGAUUUGGAUAAGUAUGCAAAUAAAGGAUACAUGACCACUGUAUCUUCUGUGGCUGACGUUUUCCUAAUCCACCUUCAAGCUCGUACUGUUUGA